ACACACACACACACCUCUGCAGCUAAACUGAAAAGGGCAAAAACGGCGGCGAAUAAACAGCCAAUGGUAGCAACACGUGGUGCUUCAGCAUUGUUUGAACUCGUCGGACGCAGAGCUCUCAGCAGAAUAUAUCGUUCUCUACUUCUCUUUCUUCAAACCGAAACACAACUCUCUCUUUCUUUUAUUCAUUCACUUCCUUCAUUCAUAUGCAAAUGUAAAAUCAGCUGUAUCGUGAGGGUGUCACUCUGAUCACACUACCCAUGGCUUCUCGAAGGUUCCUUUCCUCCAUGCUCCGCUCAUCCAUACGUCACUCUUCCUCAAAACCCUCACUCACAGCCCAUAUCCAUCGCCCCUCCCCGGCCGGCCACCUUCUCCACCGCGCCGUCAAUUACGCCACCUCUGCCGCCGCAAAGGCGACGCCGGCGCCUCAGAAAAAACCUCCUUCUCCGAAGAUUAAGGAAACUGGCGGUAAGAUCACCGAUGAGUACACCGGUGCCGGUGCCAUUGGUAGCGUAUGUCAGGUGAUCGGAGCUGUUGUGGAUGUCCGGUUCGAUGAAGGCCUGCCGCCGAUUUUGACGGCGUUAGAGGUGUUGGAUAAUGAUAUAAGGUUGGUGCUGGAGGUAGCUCAACAUUUGGGAGAAAAUAUGGUUAGGACUAUUGCUAUGGAUGGGACUGAAGGGCUUGUGCGUGGUCAAAGAGUCCUCAAUACUGGCUCCCCUAUUACUGUGCCUGUUGGCAGGGCUACACUUGGUCGAAUUAUAAAUGUCAUUGGAGAGGCCAUUGAUGAAAGGGGUGAUAUAAAAACGGAACAUUAUCUCCCGAUUCACCGUGAAGCUCCAUCUUUUGUUGAACAAGCUACCGAGCAACAGAUCCUUGUGACUGGAAUUAAGGUAGUGGAUCUACUUGCUCCUUAUCAGAAAGGUGGAAAGAUUGGACUUUUUGGUGGUGCAGGUGUUGGAAAGACGGUGCUUAUUAUGGAGCUUAUUAACAACGUUGCCAAGGCCCAUGGUGGUUUCUCAGUGUUUGCUGGUGUUGGUGAACGUACUCGGGAGGGUAACGAUUUGUACAGAGAAAUGAUUGAGAGUGGUGUUAUUAAGCUUGGUGAUAAGCAGGGUGAAAGCAAAUGUGCUUUGGUAUAUGGUCAAAUGAAUGAACCUCCUGGUGCUCGUGCUCGUGUUGGGCUCACUGGGCUAACAGUUGCUGAACACUUCCGAGAUGCUGAAGGGCAAGAUGUGCUCCUUUUCAUCGAUAAUAUUUUUCGCUUCACUCAAGCCAACUCUGAGGUGUCUGCUUUGCUUGGUCGUAUUCCCUCUGCGGUCGGUUACCAGCCAACUUUAGCUACAGAUCUUGGGGGGCUUCAAGAGAGGAUUACUACAACUAAGAAGGGGUCUAUCACAUCAGUCCAAGCUAUCUAUGUGCCUGCUGAUGACUUGACUGAUCCAGCCCCUGCUACCACCUUUGCUCACCUUGAUGCUACAACCGUGUUAUCUCGGCAGAUUUCUGAGCUUGGUAUUUAUCCUGCAGUGGAUCCCUUAGAUUCUACAUCCCGUAUGCUUUCUCCUCACAUCCUAGGUGAAGAUCAUUACAAUACUGCACGAGGUGUACAAAAGGUUCUCCAGAACUACAAGAAUCUCCAGGAUAUUAUUGCCAUUCUGGGAAUGGAUGAACUGAGUGAAGAUGACAAACUAACUGUUGCCCGUGCUCGUAAAAUUCAGAGGUUCUUGAGCCAGCCUUUCCAUGUUGCAGAAGUAUUUACUGGUGCCCCUGGAAAGUAUGUGGAUUUGAAAGAGAGCAUCCAAAGUUUUCAGGGUGUCCUGGACGGGAAAUAUGAUGACCUAUCAGAGCAAUCGUUUUACAUGGUUGGGGGUAUAGAAGAAGUCAUUGCUAAGGCUGAGAAGAUUGCGAAGGAGUCAGCUAGUUGAUUAUUUAGCUGCAGUUUCUGUUUCUCUUUUUUGUUUUGUAUUUUCUAUUAGGAUAUAUAGCUCAUUAAAUGGCAGAGAGACUGGAGAUUUUAAACGGCUUUAUUAUUCUUGUGAGUUAGUCUAGACUAAGCAUUAUUAUUCUUCUCUUUCGUCGUAGUUUUCCACCUAAAUUGAUUGAAACGAGUUACAGGAUAUCAGGUCAUUGCCUGUUUUCCAUGAGGCUCUUCAAUACCAUGGAUCUCUUUGUGUUGACCUUUUCUGCCUGCUGAAUAAUGUUCUUGACUAUCCAACUGUUUAGGUUGUGUCCAAAAUUUGCAGGAAAUUUACUUAA